AUGGACCGGAGGAUCAACGUGAACGGUGGCGCUGCAGACAUUUUUCACAAAGCUCUCAGCGCUAAGAUGGACCCGUUUAGGUCUCCUCCGGGUUUGGAGCGGGCACAAAGAGAGCGCCAGUCGCCCAUCAGCUGCUUCGACCAGACCGACCCGGACCCCAUCCACCCUGGAGGACUGGCUGGUGUUAGAGGCGGCCCACUGGGGUUACCCACCGGCUCUCUGUGCGUAAACUACGGGGAAAGCGCCAACAGGACAUCGGCCGCAGAAAGUAGUGGAGGAGAGCAGAGCCAGGACGAUGACAGCGACGGCAGAUGUGACAUGGUUCUGCUGAGUGACGGGCGGACUGUAAGCACGGGCAUUGGUGAAGGAGGUAAGAAAACCAAAGAGCAGAAGACACUGAGGCUAAACAUAAAUGCCAGAGAACGGAGGCGGAUGCACGACUUGAACGACGCACUGGAUGAGUUGAGAGCGGUGAUCCCAUACGCGCACAGUCCGUCAGUGCGUAAACUCUCCAAAAUAGCAACUUUGCUCCUCGCUAAGAACUAUAUCCUGAUGCAAGCUCAGGCACUGGACGAGAUGCGGAGGCUAGUGGCUUAUCUCAACCAGGGCCAAGCCAUCUCUGCUGCCUCCAUCCCGGCCACUACCGCCCUCGCUGCGCCUGGCCUCGGUGGGUACGACCAGCCGCCCGGUUACCCGUUUCCCAGCGGAGUGGGCGCAUCUUCGUGCCCAGACAAAUGUGCCCUUUUCAACAAUUCAGCCUCCAGUCUCUGUAAACAGUGCACUGACAAGCCUUAA